UUGUUAAUAUAAACAUUUUCCAACAGUGAUGAGCUGGUUAGAAAGAUUUUGCUCUGGAGCUUUCUACUUGGAUUCAUGCAUGCAACGUUUCUCCUUUCUCCCCCCCUUUUUCUCUCUUGGAGCCUCUUCGGUUUCUACAUUGAUUUAGCGUCAAAGCUUGGUCUCCUGAAAAGCCUAUCUUGGCAUCUCCUCUUGUACUCCUCUGCUUUCAACUUCCAUCUUCCUUGUUAGCUUGAAAAAAAUGGUUCCUUUUGAAGUUUUGUUACGACCGGCCGCGUUGCUGCUUAUGCUGCUGCAAUGCAGCAUGUCGAUGAUGGAGGAGUCGUGCGUCGGCGUGGUGCCGAUGAAGCAGAGGAGGGAGAUGAUAUCGAUCACCGAUUUUGGGGCGGUGGGGGACGGGAAGACACUAAACACAUGGCCCUUCAAGAAGGCCAUGUACCGUAUUUCGCACCAGAGGCACAAAGGUGGCACUCUGCUCUACGUCCCCCCUGGCGUUUGGCUUACAGAGAGCUUCAGCCUCACUAGCCACAUGACUCUUUUCCUCGCCCGAGGAGCUGUGAUCAAGGCCACACAGGAUACAAGGAACUGGUCUUUGGUGGACCCUUUACCAUCUUAUGGAAGAGGGAGAGAGCUGCCUGGAAGGAGAUACAUGAGCUUCGUUCAGGGAGAUGGAAUCAGUGAUGUGAUAAUUACGGGUGAGAAUGGAACAAUUGAUGGCCAAGGUGAGGUGUGGUGGAGCAUGUGGAGACAGAGAUCUCUCCGUUUCACCAGACCAAAUCUUAUAGAGUUCAAGAAUUCCAGAGACAUUCUCAUUUUCAAUGUCAUCUUUCAAAACUCUCCGUUUUGGAACAUUCAUCUUGUUUAUUGCAGGAAUGUGGUGAUCAAGCAUGUAACAGUGCUUGCUCCUCGUGAUUCUCCAAACACUGAUGGAAUCGAUCCAGAUUCCAGCUCAAAUAUAUGCAUCGAAGACGCCUUCAUCUCAACCGGAGACGACUUGGUGGCCGUCAAGAGCGGCUGGGACGAGUACGGGAUAGCCUACGGCCGUCCUAGCUCUGGCAUCACAAUCCGGCGUAUCACCGGGUCGUCGCCCUUCUCGGGAAUCGCCAUCGGAAGCGAGACCUCCGGCGGGAUCGACAACAUCCUAGUGGAGAACGUCGACCUGUACAACACCGGCAUCGGCAUCCACAUAAAGACCAACAUCGGCAGGGGAGGCCACAUCAGAAACGUCACGGUGGCCAACGUGCGCAUGCGAAGGGUGCGAAAGGGGAUCAGAAUCGCCGGCGACGUCGGCGACCACCCCGACGAGUACUUCAACCGGCGGGCGAUCCCGACGGUGGACGGCGUGACGAUCAAGAACGUGCGGGGCGUGCAGGUGCUGCAGCCCGGGUCGAUGGAGGGCAUCAUCAGGAGCGCGCCAUUCACUCGGAUAUGCCUCUCGAACGUCAAGUUUUGGGGCGUCGGUCCUCGCCGAGCGGCGUGGCGGUGCUCAUCCGUGAGGGGAGCGGCGGUCGACGUCCGGCCGCGGCCCUGCUCGGAGCUCGCUGACACCUCCAGCUCCGGAUCUUGCUCGAGGACUGCGUAGAAAUUGUUGGAGCUGUCUUUUUUCUUAUAAAAAAAGGACAAUAAAGUUUCAGAAAAAAAGGACAAUAGAUUUCAUA